AUGCCACCUAAAAAACGAUUAUCUUUAUCUCGAAAUUCGAGAGAAGCUAAGAGGAUGAAAAAUGUGCGUUCUCAAGAAUCGGCAGAGGAAAGAGCAUAUCGGUUAAACUCUAUGAGAGUUAGUGCCUUAACUUCUCGAGCCAAUGAAAGUUCUCUAGAAAGAGAGAUGCGAUUAGCAGCUGUUAGAGCGAGACGAGCUACAUCACGGGCGUCUCAAAGUUCUUCUCAACGAGAGCUAAGGCUUACCAUUGACCGAGAACAACAUGUGUUAUCCCGAGAAGCUGAAACUGCUUCACAACGAGAAUUACGGCUCACAGCUGACCGCGAACGGCAUACAUUAUCUCGCGAGUCCGAAACCUACACUGAGAGGGAAUUACGUCUCGUAGCUGAUCGCGAACGUAAUAUUGUAUCUCGAAAAUCUGAAACUUUUACUCAAUAUGAAGACCGUUUGACAAAUGAUAGGGUGCACCGUAAUAUUAUUCGAUCUCUUGAAGAUGAACAUGAGCAGGAACAACGACUAGAGUCGGGACGCGAAUAUUACAAUUCUUUGAGACAAGAACGAUUAAUAAGUUUGUCCAAUGAAAGAUUAAGUAUUGAAAAUAUUCGGUCUCUUGAAACGGACGAACAGCGAGAGCUCCGUUUUACUGCAGAUAGAUUUCGACACAGUCUUAAUGAUUUAGAUGACAUAGAAGAUCAAUCUACAAAUUCUGUGGCGUGGUCCGACAAAUAA